CUGAGCGGCGGCCUGUCCAACCUGACACAGCUGUAUCUCGGCUCCAACCGGUUGACGGGCGAGAUUCCACCUGAGCUGGGCGACCUGUCCAACCUGUGGGAUCUGUAUCUCGGCUCCAAUCGGUUGACGGGCGAGAUUCCACCUGAGCUGGGCGACUCUGGCGGCCUGUCCCACCUGAGGCGACUGGGACUCUACGACAACGGGUUGACGGGCGAGAUUCCGCCUGAGCUGGGCGGCCUGUCCAACCUCGCGGAGCUGUGGCUGUGGAACAACCAGUUGACGGGCGAAAUUCCGCCGGAGCUGGGCGGCCUGUCCAACCUGACGCGCCUGCUUCUCAACAAUAACCAGUUGACGGGCGCGAUUCCGCCUGAGCUGGGCGGCCUGUCCAACCUGACGACGCUGGUACUCCGCGCGACACACCGGUUGACGGGGUGCAUACACCCGAGGGGCUGCGAGACUUGCGGGAAUGAUCUCGGGCGACUCAACCUGCCGACUGCACUAUCGGCUCACCGGCGGCGCUGGUCCCCUCUACAACGCCACGGAUGGGAAGCUGGACCACCAGACACUGGUUGA